AUGGAGCCCACGACUCCCCCCUCAUGCGCGGCCGCGAGGGAGCUGCCCUCCACGUACUCAACGGACACGCUGAACCUCCUUCGUUCUGGAUGCGCCAUCACAUCUCAGGAAGCGCGUAUCUUGGAGAGUAACAUGCUCGAAGCCAAAGCGGAGGUGGAAAGCUGCGGUCAAGAGCUCACGCGCUUGGAAGCCAGGAUAGCCGCGCUUCGCGAACGGCGAGCUGAUCUGGAACUGGGCGUGCGCAACGCGAGCGCGCUCCUCGCGCCCAUACGCCGCCUUCCUCCCGAACUCGUUGCUCGAAUUUGCGCGUUCAGCCUUCCGACUGGCUGGUUUACCGAGUGCGUGACAAGGCGCGGGCCGUGGAAGGUGCUGCAG